AUGGAUUUGGCACUGGCCAACAAAUUUGACAAUAUCCUGAAGGAAAAUAAAGUAUAUACAUUUGCCAAUGCAGAAGUAAAGCUCUCAAAUGUAAAGUAUACAUCUAUUAAGAAUGAAUACUGCUUAAAUUUCAAUCAUAAUGCAGAUAUAUAGGAGGCUGAUGAUGAUGAGUCCAUUCAGUCUUAAGCAUUUAAUUUUUUCAACAUCAAGGAACUUUUGAAUCAGUGUGGGUAAAAAACUGUUGAUUUUAUUGGAGUUGCUCAUAGUUGCAUGCCUGCUAAAGAAAAAUAAUUAAAGAGCGGAGUAACGAAAUCUUAACGAACUGUGUAUCUGGCAGAUGAGAGUAAUCUUACCAUUGCUUUAUGCAUUUGGGGUGAUUUCGCAAAUAAAUUUGACUUAGGUCCAGACGAACACCCAAUAGUAGCUAUAAAAAGAGCAUAGCUCAGUGAAUUCGGUGGGAAAUCUAUAAAUUCAAAUGAGGAUUCUCAAAUUAUGAUAAAUCCUAAACAUAAAAGGACAGAUUAACUCUAGAGCUGGUAUAGAUAUUUACAAGAUCCUAGUGAUCUUAAAUGUAUAACUAUGUCAAAGGAUAAAUAGGAUUUUCCUGAAGAGAAAAAAGUUGUCUAAUUCGAUAACUAAAGACUGAUAGGGGAAAUAAUGGAAGCCCUUACUUGUGUGCUUAUAUCUGGAUUCUAAAAAAUGAUGAUAAGACUUAUUACUUGGCUUGCCCUGAUGAGAACUGUAAAAGAAAAGUCAUUGAAGAAAGUGUUGGAUGGAGAUGCUAACACUGUAAUAGAACAUAUCAAACUUGCAACCCUACAUAUAUGCUAAGUGCUAAACUUGCUGAUGCAUCUGAUGCUCACUUCAUAAAUUUUUAUAAGCAAGAAGGCACUGCUUUAAUGGGCUUACCAGCAGAUAAGCUUAAAGAUAUUAAAGAUUAAGGAGACAUUUAAGUAAUUAAUGAUACAUUUCAGGAUAGGUAAUUUAGAAAAUUUGGGUUGA